GGGAUUAAUUAUCAAACACGGAAAAAAAAACAAACUGACUAGCGCGGUUGCUAGCCGUUGGCGUACUCGUUCUCUAUCGCGAGAUUUCAGUUGCAUCGUCAUAAACUGUAACUUUGAUUUUUUUUUAUUAUUAUUUUUUCCCAGAGUUACAUUUCUCACGUUUUAUUUAUGUCAAAUAAAGUGUUUUUUCUAAUUUAAAAUGCUUUAGGCGAACGAAGGGAAAAAAUAGGAAAAUAUUGAGCAGAUUUUAUUUUGAAAUGUAGCCAACCAGGAAGUAAGUUCCCGUUUGAAGAAAACAAGUGACUGAUCUAUGACAGCUUCCAGGUACUGAGAUAUCAUGGGUGUACAGGGGUUGACUACCUAUGUGGAGUCGAACAGAAACUUCCUGCAAGAUGUGAGGUUCAGGGACAGUCGGCUUGUUAUUGACGGCUGCAGUUUAUUUUUCCGCCUCUACUUUAACCACCAGUUGGAUCAGCAGCACGGAGGGGACUACGAUGAGUUUGCUUGCCUUCUCAACCAGUUCCUCUCCGCUUUGCAAGCCUGUAACAUCCAGCCCUAUGUGGUACUGGAUGGAGGGAUGGACCCAAGUGACAAGAAGUUUGCUACUCUCCGUCAGCGUCUGCAGUCCAAAAUAAAGGAAGCAGACAGCCUCUCUCAUGGCCGCCGUGGCUCUGUCCUUCCAAUCCUGGUAGGAAAAGUCUUCAUUCAGGUCCUGACUCAGAGAGGAAUCCCGCUGAUACAGUGUCCGGCCGAGGCAGACUGGGAGAUUGCCUGUUUGGCAAGACAGUGGAACUGCCCCGUGCUGACAAACGACAGCGACUUUUACAUCUUUGACCUUCCAGCUGGAUAUCUGCCGCUGCAUUUUUUCCAGUGGACCAAUCUUAAUGGAAAGGCGUCCCAGCGCUACGUCCCAUGUCGAUGUUACACCACUAACAAUCUGUGUCGCUGGUUUGGGGGCCUGAAUCGCGAGUUGCUGCCAUUAUGUGCGGUUCUAACUGGCAAUGACUACGGUUCUCCAAAAGAGGCCGAUACCCUCCUUGCUCUUAUAGAUGCGAGUUCAUUCCAAAGAGGUGGUGGAAGAGGUAGAGGCAGAGCGCCCUCUUCUCGUAUCGAGGGCCUCCUUAAUUGGCUCUCCUCUUUUCCAAGUGUGAGUGAGGCGUUGGAUGAGGUUAACCGGCUGAUGGAUGGAACGGUUGGAGCAGGCCAGAGAGGGCAGAAGAGUGAGCUCAGCUCCCAGCUAUGGGCUGCCAUGCAGGAGUACAACAUCAAGGCUCAAAGCUCGCUUGCUACCUGGUUCUCUCGGGGGACAUUAGACCCAAGAGGGAAGAUAUCAGGUCGGGCCCAGUUACCAGAGUGUUUGUCUCUGGCUGCAGCACAGGGUCAGCUGUUUCCUUUAGCUCUGGAUGCCUUUGUCAUGCAGAGGGUCCUUCUCAUCCCGCAGGUGGAGAAUAGUAAACUAGCUAGCAGUCACUGUAGCUCUAGAGCAAUACGACAGGCUCUUUAUGGGAUUUUACUACACAAAGUUCAAAACACUGUGAGUCAGGCCCAAGGUGGCAGUGCACAACUUGCAAAGGUGAUACCAGUCCAGAUGCAGGGAAUGAGAGGUGGAAGAGGACGGGGUGGAGCAGGCAGGGGUCAGCAGGGGAUGAAUCAUGCAACAAGCAUGGAGCAUCCAGCUGGGGUGCAAACACACGGCUUCAGUUCUUCAAUCUUCGUGGAAGAGUAUGACCGUUUGGACCUAAACAUAAAGAAAAAUCAAGUGGAGGCAAUUAUUCCCAUGAACCACAUACAUCUGGAUAGGCUCAAUCAGGCCUCCGCAGCUGAACGACUAGGUGUCCUUUUAGGGGUCUUAGGGGUGAAGCAGUCAGCCCUGGCUCCAGUUCCUCCCCAUCUGCAGCUUGCUGUUGCAGUAACUGGAUUUUGGUUGCGUGAGGCCAUACCGACUCCUUCACAGCUCCUGCUGCAGGCUUUGGUGCUAGGCAUGAUUUAUGGAGAGCUGGCAUUCAACAUUCAGUCUGGAGCAUCCCACAGAAGACCUGCUGCCCCACAGUUUAACUGGGCAGCAGAACAAGGGAUUCUGUCAGCACUAGAUGGGCAACGAGUCAGACCGGAUGAGAGGAGAGGAGUAGACCUCAGAGCGGCUCACUGCUACAGCCAAUGGCAAUCCUGCCUCUGGAGUGCACUGUGUCUAAAUCAGCUGCUGCUGAUGCCGCUUCCUGAGCCCAAUAUAUCAUGGUUGUUCAGUGGUACCCUGGUACAUGGCGUCCUUAGGUGCCUGAAAGGAGGCUGGUCUGUUGAGUCCCUGUUGCCUGUUGGAUCUUUAUCUGGACAACUCUGCUUCUGUCUGCUGGAUGCUGUGAAGGACUGCAGCUUCAAAGCAAACCCCCCCUGCACGAAAUCAGGGAAGAAGAGAGGAAGAGGUCGAGGAAGAAGAGGAAGGGGUGGAAGAGGACAAUCUCAGGGUGGAGGGGGAGUUUCAGAGGAGAUUAACAACAGGUUUGCUCUCCUUAUGAGUGAGGAGGAGUAUGACGACUGACAGAGAAGCAAAGAUAUGAUCUUUCAAAUACAAGCAAAGACCAAAUGUAUUGAUUGUGCUGAAAGUGCUCUAAGGUGAUUCUUUUUAGGACAUUUUUAAUCUUUACUGGCAUGCUUUGCACUAAUUUAACCUCUAUAAAUGAUAUGUAGGUAAAUGUUUUAAAGCCGUCAUCUAAACCUUUGGGUUAAAACAUAUCUCCUUCGCUUUUUUCAAACCACAUCCUUCAUUUUAUAAUAUUUAAAAAGCAGGAACUUUAAUCUUUUUUAUUCAGUCACAUUGGCUGAAGGGAGGACUAAACUGAAUGUAUGUUUUUGGUAAAUGGGUAAAAAGAUCAAUAUCCAGAGGUAUAAGUAGAGAUGGAAUAAACAGCUGCCUCUUUAAUCUUUAUUCUAAAGACUCAUAACAAGAGAAAAAAAAUAGCUGUGUGUUCUUUGAUACAAUAGUUUUGAAUC